CCGCCGCUGCAUCCUAUUCUCACUGUUGGUCUCUUCCUCUUGACUCCUUUACUCCGCGGAGAGUGGAGGAAACACUGACAGAACAAGUGGCCACCACAGGGCGAACCACAACAAUGACCCGGUCCUAACUAAAUUGAAUGGAUUAGUUAAUCUAUUCUGAGCCUAAUGAGAUAGAGACAUGGGUCGCAGCGGCGUGGUACCAUUUCGUUAGCUCCUCGGGAACAUUUCCCCUGUCAACAGUCCUCCAGACGUGGGAAAUGUCGUUUUUGAUACUGAAGAUGCCGAGGGUGCCAGGGGACAAUAACAGACACUUGAAUGCACGCUCACCUGUGUCGCUUUUGUGGCGCGCGGAUUCCUAGAAGUGGAAGUAGCAGCAGUAGCAGUAGUGGUUGUAGUGGUAGUAGUAGCAGCAGUAGUAGUAGUAGUAGUAGUAGUAAGUAGUAAAGGAGGACAACAUGAAGUACCAGAAAUAUCUCACGGUGAUGCAGAUGGCCAUGGGAGUGACAGCCUCCAACAAAGACUGCCUCCCGGUGAAGAGAAUGCUCUGGGUGACUCCGCAAGAUGAAGACACAUCCCCCUCAGGUGCUCCCGGGUGUUCAGAUGGGCCUACAGGUGCUAGCGGGGGUGCUAUGGCCAUCUCCACCCUCUCGUUGCCCAUGAGCCAGGGCAAACCUUCCCUGCGUCGGAUCAAAGGCCGCAUUCACCGCAGCAAGAGCCUGGACAGCAUGGAUCUGCUCGACUCCAAUAGUGCAGCGAUGGAGGAAACGGUCAUAUGGGAACAGCACACAGUGACCCUUCACAGGGCCCCAGGGUUUGGGUUUGGUAUUGCCAUCUCAGGUGGGCGAGACAACCCUCAUUUCCAGAGUGGAGAGACCUCCAUUGUGAUAUCUGAUGUGCUGAAAGGAGGUCCUGCUGAGGGACUGCUACAAGAGAAUGACCGAGUGGUGAUGGUCAAUGCUGUCUCUAUGGACAACGUGGAGCAUGCCUACGCAGUACAGCAGCUCCGAAAGAGCGGGAAAAAUGCAAAGAUAACCAUUCGGCGGAAGAGGAAAGUGCAGUUACCUGUUUCUCGGCCAGGGGACAGGGAGACGAUGUCAGAGCAUGAAGAGGAGGAGAGCGAUGAGGAAGAUGGCUAUGAGCACCACAGUGGACAUGGCAGCCAAAGUGCCUACGGAGGAGCGAGCGGAGGCACGGGCACCGGCAGGCGUCCGGAUCGUGAGCGGAGCAGCAGCAGCAGGCGGGAUCACAGUGCCUCGCGGGAGAGGAGCGCCUCGCGGGAGAGGAGCGCCUCACCUCGCUCCGAUCGCCGAUCACAAACCUCCUCUGCACCAACCAGGCCUGCCAAGGUCACAUUGGUCAAGUCCCGUAAGAAUGAAGAAUACGGACUGCGGUUGGCUAGCCACAUCUUUGUGAAGGACAUCUCUCCUGAGAGCCUCGCUGCCAGAGACGGAAACAUCCAGGAGGGAGACGUUGUACUUAAGAUCAAUGGAACAGUUACAGAGAACCUUUCACUAAUAGAUGCCAAGAAGCUGAUCGAGAGGUCAAAGGGCAAGUUGAAGAUGGUGGUACAGAGAGAUGAUCGAGCCACGCUGCUCAACAUUCCCGACCUUGAUGACAGCAUCCCAUCAGCCAAUAAUUCGGACAGAGACGACAUUUCAGAAAUACAUUCGCUGACAUCAGAGCAUUCCAAUCGAUCGCACGGGCGAGGUCGAUCACGCUCGCCUGAUCGGGCCGAGCCAUCAGACCUUCCCCGUCACUCACCUCGACAGAUCAGCAAUGGCAGUUGGAGCUUCCAGUUCAGGGCAGGUUCACUGUUGAACAGAUUCCUUCCAAUCCAUCGGAGUCGAGAUGAGGAUCGCAUCUCCAAACCAGGGUCCAUGUCCACACUCGUCAAAAGCUCCGAUGAUGGCGUCUUGUCUCAGGCCAGCGACCAGGCCAGCUCCAGAGAUGACAAACUGUUACCUCCGCUGCCGGAACCAAAGCCAGUUUAUGCACAGCCUGGGCAGCCUGACGUGGACCUGCCUGUCAGCCCCUCUGACGCCCCCGUGCCCAGCGCCGCUCAUGAUGAGAGCAUCCUCAGGCCGAGUAUGAAACUGGUGAAGUUCAAGAAGGGAGAGAGUGUUGGUCUGCGGUUAGCAGGAGGAAACGACGUGGGAAUCUUUGUUGCAGGUGUUCUGGAGGACAGUCCUGCAGCCAAGGAGGGGCUGGAGGAGGGAGACCAGAUCCUCAGGGUGAACAAUGUGGACUUUGCUAACAUAAUCCGGGAGGAGGCUGUGCUGUUUCUGCUGGAUCUCCCAAAAGGAGAAGAAGUGACUAUAUUGGCCCAGAAGAAGAAGGAUGUGUACCGCAGGAUAGUGGAAUCGGACGUGGGUGACUCCUUCUACAUUCGGACCCAUUUUGAAUAUGAAAAAGAGUCACCGUACGGGCUGAGCUUCAACAAGGGCGAGGUGUUCCGUGUAGUAGAUACGCUCUACAAUGGCAAACUAGGCUCCUGGCUCGCUAUCCGUAUUGGCAAGAACCAUCAGGAAGUGGAGAGGGGAAUCAUCCCCAACAAGAACAGAGCGGAGCAGCUGUCCAGUGUGCAGUACACCCUCCCCAAAACGCCAGGAGGGGACAGGGCUGACUUCUGGAGAUUCAGAGGACUGCGAAGCUCCAAGAGGAAUUUGCGGAAGAGCAGGGAGGACCUGUCAGCCCAGCCCGUCCAGAGCAAGUUCCCUGCCUACGAGAGGGUGGUGCUGAGGGAAGCUGGGUUCCUGAGGCCUGUGGUUCUCUUUGGGCCAAUCGCAGACGUGGCCAGAGAGAAACUGGCCAGGGAGGAGCCAGACAUCUUUGAACUAGCAAAAUCACAACAACAACAAGGAGGGGAAAAGAGUGAACCCAGGGAUGCAGGAACCGACCAGAAGAACUCCGGCAUCAUUCGCCUGCACACUAUCAAACAGAUCAUUGACCGGGACAAGCAUGCGGUGCUGGACAUCACCCCUAACGCAGUGGACCGCCUGAACUACGCUCAGUGGUAUCCCAUUGUGGUGUUCCUCAACCCCGACACCAAGCAGGGCGUCAAGCACAUGAGGACCCGCCUCUGCCCCGAGUCUCGGAAGAGCGCCAGGAAGCUCUUUGAGCGAUCCCACAAAUUAAGAAAGAACAACCACCACCUCUUCACCACUACCAUUAACCUGAACAACAUGAAUGAUGGUUGGUUUGGAGCUCUGAAGGAGAUCAUCCAGCAGCAGCAGAACCAGCUGGUGUGGGUUUCAGAGGGCAAGGCUGACGGGGCAGCUGAGGAUGACCUGGAUAUCCAUGACGACCGCCUGUCCUACCUGUCUGCACCAGGCAGCGAGUACUCCAUGUACAGCACCGACAGCCGCCACACCUCUGACUACGAGGACACGGACACAGAGGGCGGGGCCUACACCGACCAGGAGCUGGACGAGACGCUGAACGACGACGUGGGUCCGCCCGCCGAGCCGGCCAUCACCCGCUCCUCCGAACCUGUCCGCGACGACCCCCCGGUGAUCCAGGAGCCCCCCGGCUACGCCAGCUUCCACACCGUGCAGCCGACCCCCCUGAACCGCAUCGACCCGGCAGGAUUCAAGGCUCCGGUUCCGCAGCAGAAAGCAGAGGCCGCUGCCGUCCCUAGCGUCCCCCCGCAGCCUGAGCCCCUGGCUGAGACUUUGCCCCCUGCUGUCGACGUUACUGUAAAAACUGUAGGGGGGGUGAGCCCUGACGAGGCUCCUGCAGCUCCUGUCAGCCCGCCAAGCCCCGACCCAGAGGCGGGCUCACUUAGGAUGCCCACCCCUGAGCUAGCCCCUCAGAGCGUCUCACCAGAGCCUCUACAGUCUGGACUGGCCGGUUCAGAAACAAAGAUGUACCAGAAGGAUCCAUACAUCCCAGACAACACAGGAAGAAUCGGUCACAGCAUGAAGCCUGUCACUUACAACCCUCAGCAGGGAUAUCACCCUGACCAGCAGCCAUACAGAGAUUACGACCACCCCCCCAGCCGGUAUGAUGUCAGCAGCAGUGGAGUCAGCAGCGGAGGGGGCUUCCCAGAACCAAAGCACCGAAACAACUAUGACUCUAACCUGCCCUACGAGAACAGUGUGCCUCACUACGACCAGCAACAGUGGAACCCGUACAACCAGCCGCUCCCUACUGCCAACUCCCAGGGCUACGACCCCCGCCUGCCAUACGGGGACAGCCCUGACCUCCAGUACACCCCCCCUCUCCGCUACGACGAGCCCCCGCCUCAGCAAGGAUUUGACGGGCGGCCUCGCUACGGCAAACCGACCGGUCCAGCUCCUGUCCGUUAUGAUGACCCCCCACCCCCUGUUUCGGGGUCCGACAUGCACUACGACCAGGAUUCUCACCUGAACGCGUACCCCUCGGCUGCCCACUCCCCGGACCCCACUGCCCAGCGGCCGGCUUAUAACCCGGGACCAACAGCACAACAGCAGAGCUACAAACCUCAGCAGUAUGACCCCGUUCCUGUGAACUCUGCAAGCAGCCCCACACCCCCUCCCAAAGCAGAGGCCCCCUCACCCUCGCCUGCCGAUCCUCCGAAUCCUUUCCCCGCCAGAGAUCUGCAAGACGAACCCGCCGCCCGGGCACAGUCGGUCCUGACGAGGGUCAAGAUGUUUGAGAACAAGCGCUCCGUGUCGGUGGAUAGAGUGGCAGUAGAGUCUUCUGGGAACAAGGCAGCCGAUAUACCUUUGAAAGCAGGUGGAGUCAUCCCAAAAGCAAAUUCUCUGAGCAACCUGGAUCAAGAGAAGACCUUUAGAGCCCCAGGGCCUCAGCAGCCUCCAUCCAUGGUCGCUGAUGACAUCGUGCGCUCCAACCAUUACAACCCAGACGAGGACGAGGACUACUACAGGAAACAGCUGUCGUAUUUUGACAGGCUUCAGACCGGUCCUAACAAAGCCCAGCCACAAGCACAAACAAAUAACAACUACUCCAGGACGGAGUCAGUGGAGAAACCAAGUCCAGUGGAGAAGAAAUACGAACCAAUUCCCCAGGUGAUGCCUACUCUGCCACCCGCCACACUGCCCAAACCCGCACCUGAAGCCAACACUGCGCAGGCCAACUUCCUGCCUCACAAGAGCUUCCCUGAGAAGUCUCCGGUUAACGGCACAAGUGAACAUCCUCCAAAAACGGCUCCACCAGCAACCAGCUACAACCGCUACACUCCCAAGCCCUACACCACGUCUGCCAAGCCUUUUGCGCGCAUGUUCGACAGUCCUAAGUUCAACCACAACCUCCUGCCCAACGACAAGCCGGAGACCGCUCCCAAGGGCCAGAACUCUAGCACUGUAAAGCCUCAGACCCCCCCCCAGCCCCAGAACAUAGACCAUGACAGCGGCCUGGACACUUUCACACGCACUAUGGACCACCGCUCCAAAAACCAGCACAACAACAUCAACGCUGUGCCCAAGGCCAUCCCUGUGAGCCCCAGUGCCCUUGACGAUGAUGAGGAUGAAGACGAGGGCCACACUGUGGUGGCAACAGCACGAGGUAUCUUCAACUCUAACGGAGGCGUCCUGAGCUCCAUCGAGACAGGGGUCAGCAUUAUUAUCCCGCAGGGCGCCAUCCCUGAAGGUGUGGAGCAGGAGAUCUACUUCAAGGUCUGCAGGGACAACAGCAUCCUGCCGCCACUCGACAAGGAGAAAGGAGAGACUCUGCUCAGCCCUCUGGUGAUGUGUGGACCUCAUGGCCUCAAGUUCUUGAAGCCUGUGGAGCUGCGCUUACCUCACUGUGCGUCUAUGACCCCUGAUGGUUGGUCUUUUGCUCUAAAAUCCUCCGACUCCUCGUCGGGUGACCCAAAAAGCUGGCAGAACAAGUCUCUCCCCGGAGACCCCAACUACCUGGUGGGAGCCAACUGUGUCUCUGUGCUCAUCGACCACUUUUAAGGACGGACCAUCAGCUGUGAUGUUACUGAAUGUGGAACCAUGGGGAUAAAUAGAAGAGGAUGGACACACGUAAAAAACACACACACACACACACACACUAACAGAUGCACUCCCAACACACACACACUACAUCAUGGAGUAUGAAGAAGACCCAGUGCUGUUUACUGCACACAUGGAUGAAGGCGAGACACUGAUGAGCGUUACAAGCUGUUCUUUAAACUCCCACCCCCCCCCCCCUCCCCCAGUUAUGAAGUUUUGAUGUGAAAUGAAACCAUGGAUGCAUGCCACCGAGGAUUGACACUAUAUAUCUAUAUAUAUAUAUAUAUAUAUAUAGUAAAGUGAUGUUUAAUGUAAUUUUUACAUGAAUAUAGUUGGAUGACUUUUGAGGCAGCAUACAUGCUUCAAAAAUCUGUGUUGGUAUAUUUAUACUAUAUAUGCAUACAGUAUAUAUAGUACUAUAGAAAAGAUAAACAAAAAAAAUGUACUCGUAAAUUCAAAUACCAGUCAACAUCUUUAUUUUCAGUUCAGGUGACUAAAUACAAACAUGUAUCUCCAUGUUUUCCCACACUAAGGAAAUGUAAUGAAGGUUUGAGACGUGAAGUUAAGAGGUUCAGAUAUCUGUUGAAGGAGAUGGUAAAACAUGAGCUGGAAAUAAACCCAAGCAGCACACUUUGCAGAGACGUUCUUCCUUUACGCUUCCUUUUUCUACAGUGAUAUCUUGUAGCUUAACUUCCUACAGAGAACCACGUCUCUCCUUCCAGCCUGAGGGAGAUCUAUGCAUGUUCUUUACUCAGGUCCAGCAAUCUCUCUCUUUCUAGCUCUUCUCCUUUUCCUUCUUCGCUCUGUGCGCUCUUGCACUCACACACAAAUAAGCAGUGAUGCCUUAUCUGCAGAUUAUUCACUUUUCAUUAAGAGAGAAAACCAACAUAAGUUAUGAUAAAUUAUGGUAUACUGUCAUUUGUUUUGCCAUUCGUCUGUGAGCCCACUGUAUAAAUGAACUUGGGAUGUAGCACACAAUAACAGUUUAUAAAGGAUAACAAAGGUAUGCUCUUCUUUUAUCUGCUAUGCAUUACUUAAAAAAGAAAAAAAACUGAAAAGAAGUGGCUGUAAAUAAAACUAGCAUAUUGCCUUGUUUCUUUUGUUUGUAAAUGAACUUUUUGUAUGUCUUUCUUUUUUGUAUAAAACUUAGAGAAAACAUGUUUUUAAAAGUGGAAGAAAGUAAACGUGGUAAUCUUUGUAUUCUGGAUAUACCCUCGAGCCUUGGAACUUGUAACCUAACAAUAAUACAUCACGUCUUUUCUACCAAUAUAUUCACAUUAUGUUAAGGUCACACACAAAAAAGGUAUUUUUACGGCUCUGUAAAGGAUCAGAAAAGUGCUUGGGCUAAAAUACAUUUAAAACUUGUUCUUUUAAAAAGGGUGUGCUCUCAAAACCCCUCAUUGAUUUGUGAUACUGGAUGCUGUAUCGUGUGCCCUUAAAUGUAUUUUUGUACUAAUAGACGAUAUAUGAUGUAUGGCACACCAGUACCAUUUUUAUUUUAGAUAUAACACGGCUUUAAUUGGAUAUUAGCUCUUCACGUGUGGCUGACUUUUUUUUCUCCUCUGCAACACAAUUUUAAGUAUACCACUGUAUUAAUAAAUAAAAUCAUUUUUAAAGUAA